GAAUAAUCAUUGCCCAUUACCCAACCAGAAACCAAGCCCCUCCUCUCUUCGUCUCUCUCUCUCUCUCUCUCUCUCUCUCUCUCCCCACCUUCCCAUCUCCAAAACCAAAAGCACCUCAGCCUCUCUUUCUUCCUUCCCCAUCUCGAUAACCAUACAAUUACUCUCCCCCACCAAAAAUACAAAAAAAAAAUGAAUCCAUAUCCACAGGAAUCAUCACCACAGACACCCAAAAAAGAGGUCCAAAUCCAAGGUCCUAGGCCGCCUCCUCUCAGAGUCAGCAAAGACUCCCACAAGAUCAAAAAGCCUCCACCACAUCCACCGCCUAAACUACCUCUAAAACCCUUCCAAAACCCACAACAACAACAACAGCAACCACCACAUCAGCCAGUAAUUAUCUACUCUGUCUCUCCCAAAGUCAUCCAUGCCUCAUCAGCCAGUGACUUCAUGUCCAUCGUUCAACGCCUCACGGGCUCUUCUACUUCAUCUUCAUCUGCAUCUUAUUCCGGCGCCGGAGACCUCUCUCCGGCGGCGAGGUUGGCCUCCAUCGAAAAGACAAGCCCUUCAGAAAGAGACCGAGAAAGAGCCAACAGUACUAAUACAACUACUGCUAUGUUGGAAGAAGAAGAAGUGGAAGUAGUAGAAAUCUUGGGUCAAGCUGCUACUCAUCCGGGGAUAUUAUCGCCGGCGCCGGCGACUUUAGCUCCGAUCCCAGAUGGGUUUUUCUCGCCGUUGAUUGAGCCGCAGGCUUAUUCGCUGAUGCACGAGUUGAGUCCACUUUGGCAUAACUCGUUCAUGGCCAGUCCUUCUGGCUUGUUCUCAGCUCCUUUGGUCUCUCCAUCUCCAUCCUCCAUGGACCUCUUCAACCAUUUUAUGGACUUUUAGUCUAAAUCUGCUUUUGAAAUUGGUAAAGUUUUUGCAUUGACUGACUUUUGGUUUUGGUGGAAGGAUUUUCCACGGCAACUUUUUUUCUUUUUCUUUUUGUAAUUUUUUGUAGUAGUUAGGACGUAGAACUUACUUUACUUGGGUCUUGGAUGGAAAUUGGCAAAUGGGUUAAUUCCAAUUUAGUAAAAUUGUAAAACAAAUGUAAUUUGGGGAAUUUAUUUCUUGUAGUGUUUUUUUUUUGUUGUUGUAUUGAUCUUUAAUUGAGGCAGCCGAAAAUGAGAUUGUAUUUAAUAAAAUCUUCUUUUCUUUUCU